AUGAGGAGGACACUAACGGUGACACUUAUCGCUCUACAGUUACUAUUCUUCAGUCAUCUGGUACAUUCCAUGAUCAAUUUAUUCAUUUCUAGAACUGAAAUGAAUCGAACCUUAGGUUUGGAUGUACAGUUGAACUAUAUUGAAAAUGGUGUCAUCAAUUUGUAUUCUGUUAAAUUUCCCUACCGAAUCAAUACAGGCAUCUCUUAUGUACAAUUCUCCUGGAAUGCAAAAAUCAUUGAUCGACCGAUGCAUUAUACGAUACGAGUAAUAUCACAUGCUAAUGAUGUCAUCCCAUUACUUCAUAUACCGCCAAGCGGAAAAGUUCCAUUAAAAACGGAAAGUUAG